AUGCCGCAACCAGCUGGUGGACGUUUGGGAGAUGCCACCAUCGUCCGCGUUUCCCGACUCCUCAAAUUGCCAACCGCCGUAACACCUAACGCUCUCACGGCCCGUACGGCACAUGGAUUGGCCAUCAAGGUAGGCGCUUUGGGCCACUUGCCCAUCGUCACUUCCCUUCUCACACUCUACUCCAAAGUUGCAUAUUUUGGUGCAUCUCUGGCUUUGUUCGAUGAGGUUAACGAGAAAGAUGUGAUCCUCUGGAAUGCAAUGAUCACAGCUUCCAUUGGAAAUUGUUGUUUUUCGCACGCCAUGGAACUUUUGAUGAAGAUGAUUGAGGUAGGACAUGGUUUUGAUUCCACUACCCUGUUGCUUGUUGUUUCUUCCAUCUCCUACUUGAAGAACUUGAGCUCCGGAAUGAAUAUUCAUGGUUUGAGCAUCAAGUCUGGGAUGCUCUCGGAUCCCAAUUUGUGCAAUUCUAUAGUGGACAUGUAUGCAAAAUGUGGGGAUGUCAGCUCCUCGGAGUGUUUGUUCCGGGAGAUGAAAUAUCGAGAUGUAGUUUCUUGGAAUUCCUUGAUGACUGGAUUUCUGCGUAAUGGCUAUCCAGAGAUGACUUUGCGGUACCUCAGAGAGAUGGCUCAUUUUGGUGAAGUAGCAGAUGAUACAACUCUGUCAUGUGCCAUAUCAGCAUCUGCUUCUCUAGGCUGGAAGAGUUACGGAGAAGCUAUCCAUGCAUUGGGGUUAAAGUUAGGUUAUGACCAUGUAUGGCAUAUCUCAGUAGCUAAUUCUUUGAUUUCACUCUAUUCCCAAGCUGCAGAUACUGGGGCUGCUGAGGCUGUGUUCUCGGAAAUGCGUUCUAAAGAUAUUGUGUCAUGGAACACUCUGAUUGACGGGUUUGGUUCAAAUGGAAUGGUUUGGGAAGCAUUUUAUCGAUUCCACGAAAUGCAGUUGUCAGAGGCUGUUCACCCUGACUUGGUGACUAUUGCUUCUUUGAUUUCAGUCUGUGCCAAAUCAUUGCUAUUAAUAGAAGGUCGAACACUUCAUGAUAUGUGA